AUGAGCUACAAAUAGUAAAGAGAUGUAGAAGCCUAAUUUCAAUCUCAAUUAACUACAGACGACUUGACUGAUUUAUUUAAGUUGAACUAAAUCAACGAUGGAUCCAGUAUGUAAAAGAUGAAAUAAUUCGGAGAUGAUAAUGGAAUAGCGAGGAAAUUAAAUACAGAUUUGAAGAAAGGGUUUUCGGACAAGAGUGCAAUAGAGAAGUCAAAGUAAUUGUAUGGGGACAACACACCUGUUGAGAAGGAGCCAACAACAUUAUGGGAAUUGAUAAUGGAAUGUCUGGGGGACACAAUGCUAUAGAUUUUAUUGAUUGCAGCACUGGUUUCGACUGUAAUCGGUAUGAUCAAUGAGGGAGUCAAAACAGGAUGGACUGAAGGUGCAACGAUAUUUUUUGCUAUAUUCUUGAUUAUUUCAAUCACAGCAGGUAACAACUACUUAAAGGAGAAACAAUUUAGAUAGUUACGUAGGAAAUUGGACGAUGGAAAAUGUUAAGUCAUUAGAGAUGGUAAAGUAACGGAAAUAGCAACCAAAGACAUAGUGGUUGGAGAUUUGUUAAUUUUCAAUUUAGGGGAUUUGUUCGUUGUAGAUGGUUUGAUGGUUUAAGGAAGCGCAGUGAAAAUCGAUGAAUCUCCUAUGACAGGUGAGAGUGAUGAGAUCAAGAAAUUACCAUAUUUUGAGAUGGCAUAACAACAGCACAAUCAAUUGAAUGUAAAUCAAGAUGCAGCCAGAGGACACGUAAGUCCAUUCUUAAUCUCAGGAACAAAAUGCCUUGAUGGUACAGGACAGAUGAUUGUGUUGGCAGUGGGUUAAAAUACAGUGUCAGGGAAAUUGAAACAAUUAUUGAUUCAAGAGAAUCCUCCAACUCCCCUACAAUAGAAAUUAGAAGGAGUUGCUUCAGAUAUAGGUAAGUUGGGUGUUUUAGUAUCUAUUUUAACAUUUAUUGCUUUGAUGGGACAUCUAGGAUAUGAUUGUUAAUAGGGUAAGUUUCCAUUCCUAAGUAUAAAGACCUUACAAAUCAUAGUGGAAUCUUUUAUGAUUGCUGUUACAAUUAUUGUGGUGGCAGUGCCAGAAGGAUUGCCAUUGGCAGUUACAAUUGCAUUAGCAUAUUCAGUGGGCAAAAUGAAGGAUGAAUAGAAUUUGGUUAAGAAUUUAUCAUCAUGUGAAAUAAUGGGUGGAGCUAAUAACAUUUGUAGUGAUAAAACAGGAACACUAACAUAAAACAUAAUGUAAGUUGUAGCUUUGUGGACUGAAAACCAAACAUUUAAAGAUUAAGUCCACACUAAUAAAAAUAAAAUCAAGAAAGAAACUAUCGAACUUAUGAGUGAAAGCAUUUGCUAUAACUCAAAUGCAUUUCCUGAAAAAGACCCCUAAACCAACAAAUGGAUUCAAAUAGGAAAUAAGACAGAAUGUGCUUUGUUGGAAUGUGCAGACAAUUUUGGAUACAAUUUUAAUCAAUUUAGACCUAGUGAUAAAGUAUUAAGAUAGCUUCCAUUCAACAGUAAAAGAAAGAAGAUGAGCACAGUUAUUUUCAAUUAAAAAUCAUAAUAUAUUAGAGUCUAUACUAAAGGAGCAUCUGAAAUUGUAUUGGCGUAAUGCAAUAAGUAUAUUGGAAACAAUGGUAUUGAAUAAAUGUUAGAUCCACAAUUGAGAAAGAAUAUCUAUGAUAAUAUUAUCCAAAAAUUUGCAUCUGAUUCUUUGAGAACAAUUGCCAUUGCUUAUAGAGAUCUUGAUCCUCAAUCACAUGGAUCAAAUAUUAGAGGAUAGAUUACAUAAUUGACUAAAGUAGCAUAAAAUAUUCCUGAGGAUGAUCUAGAUAAAGAUCUAGUAUUGAUUGCUAUUGCAGGUAUCAAAGAUCCAAUUAGACCUGAUGUUCCUCAUUCAAUUAAAUAAUGUCAUGAAUCUGGUGUCAAAGUCAGAAUGGUCACUGGAGAUAACAUUCUUACUGCCACUGCCAUCGCUAAGGAAUGUGGAAUCCUACCAACAAAUAGAGAAAUCGGUGAAUGGGAAGUUGUAGAAGGUAAGAAGUUUAGAGAAUUCGUUGGCGGAUUAAAGGAUGAGUAAGUUGAUGGAAAAACAGUGAAAGUUAUAGGUAAUAAAGAAAACUUCGCCAGAGUUAGUAGGGAUAUGAAGGUCAUGGCUAGAGCAUCUCCAGAAGAUAAAUAUAUACUUGUUACUGGUUUGAUUGCUGAAGGGAAUGUAAUUGCUGUAACAGGAGAUGGUACCAAUGAUGCUCCAGCCUUAAAGAAGGCAGAUGUUGGAUUUGCUAUGGGUAUCACAGGAUCCGAUGUUGCCAAAGAUGCUGCUGAUAUCAUUCUAUUAGAUGAUAACUUUAGCUCUAUCAUUACAGCUAUGAAAUGGGGUAGAAACAUAUACGAUUGCAUAAGAAAGUUCAUCUAAUUUUAAUUGACUGUCAAUUUAGUUGCUUUGUUCAUGUCCUUUUUAGGAGCUGUGGUCCUCAAGGAAUCCCCCUUGAACACAAUUGAAAUGUUAUGGGUUAACCUUAUUAUGGAUACCUUUGCUUCUUUGGCCUUGGCGACUGAACCUCCCAAUAUUACUGUUCUUGAAAGAUAACCAUACAAAAGAGAUGAUAAAAUUGUCUCACCCACAAUGAACAGAACAAUUGUUGGUGGAUCCAUAUAUUAGAUUUUUGUUCUUUGUUUCAUAUUAUUCAUGCUUCCUUAAUUUAUGGAUUUGUCUAUGCCUGAAGAAUUGUUUGGUUAGAAAUACCACAAAAAUGUAGUCCAAAUGAGUAUUUUCUUCUAGACUUUCGUUGUUAUGCAAGUCUUCAAUUCCAUAUCUUGCAGACAAUUAGAUUACAAGACUAUCAAUCCAUUUGCUAAUGCUUGUAAUAACCCUUUGUUCUGGGGUGUCCAAACUUUUACGUUGAUUAUUUAAUGCGUGCUCAUCUAAUAUGGAGGCAAAUUUGUAAAGGUUUCUCAUUUAACUUUACAACAACACCUCUUGUGUCUUGGAUUUGGUGUUGGCAGCAUCAUAUUCUCAAUUCUGGUCAAAAUUGCCAUCCCUGAACGUUGGUGUUAAUUUGUUGAGUUGUUUAGAGAAUAGGAAGUUCAAUCAGGAGAUAUGGAUACUUCCUUGACAAGUGUCCUUAGAAGAAAAUCAACCAAUAGGUUAGGUAAUUCAAGAAGGAGCAUGGAUUAAUAAGGCAGUCAAGUUAAAAUGAGUGCUUAAAGAAUUUAAUGA